GGUCCGCUUCCGCCGAGACUGUUGUGUUCGUCAUGUGAUUAGUGAAGUGUGUGCUCAGGAGCCCCAGUUUUCACUUUUCAGAUUUUUCGAUUUGAUAUGGUUACGCACCUCAUUGCGGACUGUUCCUCUCUUCGACUACAUGAAAGUGUUUAGUUAAGGAUUUUCUUGGAAUACCUCUUAAGAGAUUAGGAUGCAAUUUAAGGAACACACGCUGAGUGAGGAGGGCGACAAAUUUUGCAACAUGUGCGAAUUCACGACACAGAACAGUCAUGACUUGGCCAACCACUACCGGGAGACGCACGACGUGGCCCUUUCCUCGGACGGGGGCGAGGGCGAAUCUUGCGGCGACGAGGAGUCCGGCCUCGAUCAACCCAAAGUUACCUCCUCCGGCAAAGUCAAACAGUUCAGGUGCAAGCAAUGUUCCCACACGGCAGUGACCAAGCGGGAAUUCUGGGAACACACCCGGGGUCACAUCAAAGCGGAGCGACUGCUGACCUGCCCCAAGUGCCCGUUCGUUACCGAGUACAAACAUCACUUCGAGUACCACCUGCGCAAUCACUUCGGCUCGAAGCCGUUCAAAUGCGACCAGUGCUCGUACUCGUGCGUCAACAAGUCCAUGCUCAACUCCCACCUCAAGUCCCACUCGAACGUCUACCAGUUCCGCUGCUCGGACUGCGCCUACGCCACCAAGUACUGCCACAGCCUCAAGCUCCACCUCCGGAAGUACGGGCACAAGCCGGCCAUGGUCCUCAACCCCGACGGCUCGCCCAACCCCCUGCCCAUCGUCGACGUCUACGGCACCCGCCGCGGACCCAAGUCCCGGCCCAAGAGGUCCGACGAGCACCUCAAGUCCGCCUCCCCCGUCCCGGUCACCACGGCCAUGUCCCCGCUCUACGCAGUGCCGCAGAUCGGCAUCCUCCCGCCCCCGCAGUUCCCCUACCCCUUCCAGUUCCCACCCUUCACCACGAGCCCCCCGCUCGAGACGGAUCUGGCCGCCGAGGAGUUUGUCAAACUCAAGCAGUUGUACCAACUCAACAACAACACCGACUACAGGUCUGAAGAGGAGACGGCUACGUAUCUGACGACGGCUCCGCUGGACCUGAGCAAGUCGGAAGUAUCUAGUCAAGAGCGCGCCGGGAAGAACCGACGGAAGGGCGUCGCCGUAAAACGGGUGUUCGCGGCGCUUCAGGACUCAUUCCAGGACCCGAUCCGGGAACCGAAGCUCAAAGCAGUGUCGCCCCACGCCCAAAUGCUGUCCAGUCCGGAACAAUUUUCGCCGAACAAAUCUGAGUCGGACUCUAAGUCGCGAGCGGAUCCCUCGAGCCUCUCCAACACGGACGAGAGUCUCUCCAUAGACUCGGUCGAUGUCAGCGGUACGGGACUCAACCAGAGCCCGGAGCAGGUUUUCCGGAAAUCGGCGGAGCAGCUUCCGGAAGCGAUGACGCGGGUUCAACCCUACUCGGAGUUACUGGUUCCGCGGGUGCCGGAUCAGUUCCGGAAACUGCCGGAUCAGGUCUCGGUGGUGGACGGGCACCGGACGCCGGAGUCGAUCCCGAAGGAGGGGUCGGAGAGGGUGGACGUCAUCGUGAAGACGGAGGAGAACAACAACGAGGAGAUAGUGCGUGGCGGCUCCAAGCCGACGACUCCGGACACUUCUUGCACCAAUUCCGGCGACGAGAACGAGAACAAUUUCAGGUGCUCCUUCUGCGACAUCAUCUUCAAGAACCUGGCCAUGUACUCGAUCCACAUGGGCUUCCAUGACUACCGGGAUCCGUUCACGUGCAACAUGUGCGGCCACAAGACGAAAGACGAGAUGGCUUUCUUCCUCCACAUAGCUCGCUUCCCUCACAGCUAGGUACCAGUCGAGAAAAUCGUUUCAACGAGAUAAGUUAAAAGCGUCAGAGGAUGAUGUGAACAUUACGAAUAGUGUAGGUUAUCAAUAUUUACAUGUAGCGAUCAUCCGCAAAGGAAUGUAUGGAUGGUUGAUAUUGCACGACUAUGCUGCCGUG